AUGCCUGCUAGCCACGAGGACCUAGGGGUCAAUUCACAUGUCGACGAUCGAGUGGACAGUGACCAGGACGCUGAAGGAGAGGAGGAUACCGAUCUCUACCAGCUUGAUCAGGAAUUACAAAGUGCCGUUCAAAAAGCAGAUGCCGGAGAUGCUGUCGAGACAGACGAGCCUACAGCGGAGUCGGAUGUCGCAGACGAUGAUAAUAAAAGUGAAGAAGAGGAGGACUAUGCGGAACAAGUCAAUGACGAUGUAGCAUCGAGGGAAAGUGAGAAUGAAUAUGACGAGACACCGCAAAGGCCGCGCCGAGGUCGGAGAAGUGCGGCAAUAUCCUCAAAAUCCGACGAUGAGGAAAGUGAUCUAGAUGUCACGUAUGGAAACGGCGAGGCACGCUCAGAUUCCGAUUCGGAAAGCAAUGCAUCGGACAGAGAGGCAGAGGAUUGGGAAGCAGAGAGUAAUGGAAAUGAUGAAAAUGAUGCGGACAAGUUGAUUCGGUCGAAUUGCAUAUUCUGCGGUCAGGACGAAGAUCAUGAUCCGUCAGAGGAUUUUGAGGAGUAUUUGACAUGCGCAGUUUGCGGCGAUCACUCCCAUCGACAAUGCGCGCGCGAACAAAACGCUUUCAGUGACGAUGAAGAUGCGGAACGUUGGCGAUGCACUGUCUGUGUUCAGAAUAAUCUACAACCCGACCCAGAAGAGGACGACGCAGCUUCCCGGAGAGCAGCUGCCGAAAACAUUGCGCGCGACUUACAAGCUGCCUCAACCGAAGGUCAACAUUCCGUUUUUAAUAAUCUGAUAGUUGACGACGAUCCCAUGGAUGGAACGCGGUCACUACGGAAACGUAAAACCUCGCCUACUGACUCGGACGAUCACGUCCCCGUAUUGCGAAAACGACAACGCCGUACAUCUUCCCAAGGCGCAACAGACAGCGCUGAUGGCUCAUUGGAUACGGACGGCUUGUCGCGUCGGCCUCGCAGGAAGCGUAAAGCAGAAAAAGAGUUAUGUCGUGUUGUGGAAAGUGACGUUGGCAGGUGCAUCAUUGCACUGCACCUCAACUUUGUGAAAAUGGCCAAGAUCCUCAACUCGCGGCCGCGACCUUUCAAGCAACGGCGCCGUCGACAACCCAAGCCACCUCCUGUAGAACAGGAGCCACUUUCUCAUUUCGCCCCCAUCACGCCCAGCUAUACUACACCUUUCUACUCUUUUCAUGAUCGCGAAGUUGAAGAGCUCAAGUCGAAACCGUAUGGAGGAAUAUUGUCGGAAGCCGAUGCGGAUACUAGCCGGACUUUGCCAACGCAAGCGGACCGAGAGAAAUUCGAGGCCGCGCGGCGGAGCGCAGAAGAAGACUGGCAACGCAAAGUCAUGGAGUCAGAAUCCGUUGGAGAAGUCAAUCACCGUGCUUCCCAGAAAGUAUCUGGGCCUCCGAGCAAAAUUAAAUGGAUCAAUUUUGGCGGUUACGAGAUUGAGACGUGGUAUGCUGCCCCAUACCCCGAAGAAUACAGCCGCAACAAAGUUCUUUAUAUCUGUGAAUUCUGUCUCAAAUACAUGAAUUCAGACUUCGUCGCAUGGCGGCAUAAAUUGAAAUGUCCAGCAAAACAUCCGCCGGGCGACGAGAUAUACCGAGAUGGUUCAGUAUCUAUCUAUGAAGUGGACGGCAGAAAGAACCCCGUUUACUGUCAAAACCUUUGCUUAUUAGCAAAGCUAUUUUUGGGCUCCAAAACACUCUACUACGACGUCGAACCAUUUCUCUUUUACGUGAUGACCGAGUACGAUGAGUUAGGAUGCCACUUUGUGGGAUAUUUCAGCAAGGAAAAACGGCCCAGCUCGUCGAAUAACGUCUCAUGUAUUUUGACGCUCCCUAUUCAUCAGCGAAAAGGUUAUGGUAACCUGCUCAUCGACUUUUCGUAUCUCUUGACGCGAGUUGAGAAAAAGACCGGAUCCCCUGAGAAACCCUUGUCGGAUAUGGGCUUGGUGUCGUAUCGGAAUUACUGGCGACUUGUUCUGAGCUAUCAGUUGCGCGAUCAGAAAACACCCGUCAGUAUUGCAGAACUUUCCGAUCGCACAGGAAUGACCGCGGACGAUAUUGUUUCUGGUCUGGAGGGACUACGUGCGCUUGUCAGGGAUCCAGUCACGAAAACCUACGCUUUACGGCUGAACUAUUCCUACUUCGAAGAGUACAUCAAGAGCUGGGAGAUCAAAGGCUACGUGAAACUCAACCCGGACGCUCUCGUCUGGACACCGUACGUCAUGGGCCGAAGCAACCAGUCUCAUUACGAUCGUGCACAGCUACACACCGUGGCUCCUCGAGAAGACCCCAACGACGAAGAUGAAGAGGGCGCAGACGAAGAUGGCGAGCUCGGUCUAGGCGCAAACGGAACUACAAGAAUAAACGGCGAUUCCACAAAACCAAAUGACCUAUCAUCAUACACACCAGGCGGUCCUCCAUCAACGGCGGGAUUCUCUUCAUUCGGCGAAAGCUCCACCGUCCCGUCACAAACAAAUGGUGAAACAAGCUCAAAAUCACCCAAUCCGGCGGCUGGUAUACCGCCGACCAGAUUCGAGAUUUACCCUCCUGUGCAACCACCAAUUUUCAAGCGCCGACCUGGUAGACCCUGGGGCAGCAAGACGAAAUACAACAGCUCGUAUGUGUCAACACCGCGCAACGCACGCUCAACGCCUCGACGUACGUCUACAUCUAUGUUUGGGAUUGGAUCGCCUGCGUCUGCGAAUGUAGCUACUUCAGCGCGGAGGGGACGAAGUGGGCUGGUCUCGGAGCUUGUAUCUGGUCCUGACAGCCCUUCAGUUGUUGGUGUUAACGGUACAGAAGACCCUGACAACGACGAGGAACCACCGCAAGACCCCGACGACAUGGAUGAAGCAGCCGACCCUAACAACGAGACGUUGACAAACGGCGAUGGCCUCGAAGACGCCAUCGAGGCCGAAGAACCACGCGCCGACUCCAAAGACGAAGAUCAGCGCAUGACAAACGGCAUUGAUCCACCCGUUUCUCUCUCUACAGUGGCCGAUCCUAAUAAUGAUAACACAGCCGCUACCAACACGAUAAAUAGCACGGACAAUCUCACCCCCCGUCGAACAACGCGACGCUCCAUUGCCGAUGGCGAUAAUAAAAGGGCGACGAGGAUGACGCCUAUCAGAGCUGCUGCUUCCACCAUGACCACCAACGCACCAACACCGACAACUAAUGGGAAUGGGAAUGAUGACGAGAACAGUGACAUUGAUGCCGACGGGGAGAUUGACGAGGAUGUGCCAAUCACAUUGUAA